AUGACCUCAUUAGUUACUUACGAGAAAUUGAAGAGUGGCUCGUGGCUCAAGGCGUGCCUCUUCGCGCCCUGCUGCGGCCUCGAGGGGCGCACACUCUACCUCGACCUCGACACCGUGCUCGUCGGCGAUCUCCGCCCGCUCCUCCGCUACAGCGGCCCGUUUGCGACCCUCUCUGCCGCCGGCUUCAGCGCCGAGGAGGGCCCCGUCUUCCGCUGCUUGAUGCGGUGGGACCACUGGCUCGAGAUGGUGGUGCCGACCGCCCACCUCGUGCAGGACGCCUUCCCGGGCCUCGUCCCGCACGAGGCGCCCGAGCAGUGGGUGGCGCGGCACUGGACAGAGGGGGACGAGGACGCGGAGACGGCUUUGGAGGAGAGGACCUGCCAGAGGAGCUUCAGCUUGGGCGAUGCGUGA